UGACGCCACGCGCUAGGGAACAGCCGGGCAGGCGGCGGAGGGAGCGUCCGCGGCGGCGGCUGAUGCGAGGCUCGGAGGUCAGGCGAGGAUGGGGGGCUGCUAGCGGACCGAGCCGGGAGAGCGCGCCUCUCCCCCCCCCCCCGCCGCCGCCGCCGCCUCCCCGCCGCCUCCCCACCGCCCCCCCGGGCCAGGCCCCGCCGCCUGGCUGCAGCAUGACCGGCCGCCCUGCAGGAGACCGUGAGGGUUGUUGAAGAUGUCAGAUAGCCUGGAUAUUGAAGAGAAACCUCCAGCUCCUCCAUUGAGAAUGAACAGCAACAACCGCGAUUCUUCGACACUCAACCACAGCUCCAAACCUCUGCCCAUGGCCCCUGAGGAGAAGAACAAGAAGGCCCGGCUGCGCUCCAUCUUUCCAGGAGGAGGGGAUAAAACCAAUAAGAAGAAAGAGAAAGAACGCCCUGAAAUCUCUCUUCCUUCUGACUUCGAACACACGACGAUCCCGGGGUUUGAUUUCGCUACCGGGGAGUUCACAGCUUUAUUCUCUUGGGGUUGCUUCCGUAUUAAGCACGCGUGGGAUUGCAGCCGUUCAUCUAGCUUUAUCACUGAAGCUGUUUUUUCUGUCUUGCUUAUUUCAGGAAGCAUUGUGAGUGUAGGAGACCCUAAAAAGAAAUACACACGAUUUGAGAAAAUUGGCCAGGGGGCUUCGGGUACAGUUUACACAGCGAUAGACAUUGCUACAGGCCAAGAGGUGGCCAUAAAACAAAUGAAUCUCCAGCAGCAGCCCAAAAAGGAAUUAAUAAUUAAUGAAAUCCUGGUCAUGAGGGAAAAUAAGAAUCCCAACAUCGUCAACUAUUUAGACAGUUAUCUUGUAGGUGAUGAACUUUGGGUAGUAAUGGAAUACUUGGCUGGGGGAUCUUUGACGGAUGUCGUGACAGAAACCUGUAUGGAUGAAGGGCAGAUAGCUGCUGUCUGUAGGGAGUGCCUGCAAGCGCUGGAUUUCUUGCAUUCAAACCAAGUGAUCCAUAGAGACAUCAAGAGCGACAACAUUCUUCUUGGGAUGGACGGAUCUGUCAAACUCACUGACUUUGGUUUCUGCGCUCAAAUUACUCCCGAGCAGAGUAAACGGAGCACAAUGGUGGGAACGCCUUACUGGAUGGCCCCCGAAGUGGUGACGAGGAAAGCGUACGGCCCCAAAGUGGACAUCUGGUCCUUAGGAAUCAUGGCAAUAGAAAUGGUGGAAGGAGAGCCCCCAUAUCUUAACGAAAAUCCUCUCAGGGCCUUGUAUUUGAUAGCUACAAACGGGACGCCGGAGCUCCAGAAUCCCGAGAGACUCUCGGCUGUUUUCCGAGACUUCCUGAAUCGCUGUCUAGAGAUGGAUGUCGACAGGCGAGGGUCUGCCAAGGAGCUGUUGCAGCAUCCGUUUUUAAAGUUGGCCAAGCCACUCUCCAGCCUGACUCCGCUGAUCAUCGCCGCCAAGGAGGCUAUAAAGAACAGCAGUCGCUAGCCCUCGGACUAGCACGGGCCCACUCCCUCCCGGCAGGACUGAGCAAAGACUCCGCAGAACCUCAGGCUUCUCUGCCGCAGGAUGGGCGGGCGGGCAAGCGAGCGGCGUGGCCCCAGUCGAGGGGGAGGGAGGGAGGCAGUUGGCCUCCGGCCUCCCUCGGAACAGAAACCGAUCACAUGUCUUCUUCCCCACUUUCAGAUUCCUUAAUUUAUUUCUAAGGCAAACGAGAGCCUGAUAGGGGCAGGACCACAAGCCAUGAGGCUCUUUCAGCCAUUUCCAGGGGAGCCAAUGGCGCCGCAUGAAUGCUCUGCGCACUCGCCGGGACAGGAGUGGUAACCAAACCCGCUCUUUUUUUCUGUGUCUUUUCUGUUUGGCUGUGGAAUGGAAGAGAGGAGGUCCUUUUGCAUUCAGCCAAUCGGGAAGGAUGAAAACUAUUGGCUAACUACCGCUCACUUGGUCUUUAGAGGAGGAGGGAAACAUGUUUUACUUAACCAAAAAAGAAGAAGAAGAAGAAGCCCCCCCCCCCCCCCCGAGAAGCAGGUCUAUCACAGUGUCCUCUUUGAUGGAUCGAAAUAUAGGAUCCAGACGCCAUUAUGUUCCCCGGCAGAUUGGCAAGGAUGUCACGAAUGCUGGUGCUUUUGUGUUGCGGAGUUUUCUCCAGACCGCUUGGUUCCGGCAGGGCUUAUAGAAGCAAAUGGUGGCACGACCAAUCCUUCCAGGUGCCCAUUCCCGUCUCCACCAUUCUGGGCCGGUGCCACUGUGGUUGUGCCGGGAUCUUUCCACCGACGGGUGAAACAGGACUCGUUCCCAGUCGGGGUCAAGUAGUUUGCCAGACCUCAAUCCGCCUUCCCUUUGAUUACAGAAUAGCAAACCAAGACCGUGAGCCAUCAUCCGCAGUCGCGUGCAUCUCUAAUACGGCCUGUUUGGAGGAAGCGCAUCUCCUCCGACGUAAUGCAGCCUUGCUGGGUUCAGGAGGAGAUACACAGCGAUCCUUCCAAGGUUAGAGCGAUGCUGUGAAUUGAAGCAGUCCUUUCUAUAACGUCGGAAAUCCCAACUCUUUUUUUUAAGCAAACAGGUUUGCGGGGAGAGAGCAGUAGCCAGUGACUCGCCGUGAGGAAUUCCCAUCCAUUUGCAUGAAAUCGAAUGAGCGUCUGCAGAAUUUGGUCCUCCGAACACUGCGGACUGUGCAUCAAGAGUUCCUGAAGGCAAUGGGAGUCUGGAGCAGGGGGAACGGAUGAGAAAACGAGAGAGGUGGUUCCACGACAGCAUAUAGCUGCAGGGGGCGACCUCCCCCCAGUCCUGCUGUUAUCACAAAUACAAAAGCUGAACACCCCCCUCCCUUACCAUUGCUAAGGCCCAGAAACGACUGUGACUAUCUGUAAAGGAGCAAAACAGCUUUGAUUAAACUCUUUGUGUUGAUGUUUCUUUCAGCCUGAGUCCAAGUGACCUCAUUUCCCCUUGUUUCAUGAAGGCGGCUGGAUUUGGAAUCUCAAUACCUAGGGGUUGCCAGCAUUUUUUUGUUCCGGCCAGCCCUUGGCUCCUGUGCUUUUAGCAACAGCUCGGUUUGCAGGUGGGAGCCAGGCGAUCCUCUUCCUCUGUGAGCCGUGAAAAGGUGGUGCCGGCUGGAUUUUUGCAGCGCCUGGCUACUGUUAAUAGCACAAGGAGCAGCCUCCCCCCAAAUCAGUUGGCAACCUUCCUUACAGAGAUAUUUUGGUAACAGGACCAAGGUGUAAAAAAAAAUAAUAAUAGAGAAAGACGUAUGUUUUGGCUGUUGAUAGUGUUGAGAUUGUUGCUGGGGGUCGGGGGCUGAUGUGGAUGGGUGGAGGCCGCAGAGCUUAUAACGCAGCACAUUCCGCUACCACUUUUAGAGGCCGGAGCUGUCUGUCUCCUGUUGUAGUUGAAUUGGCACUUUCCAUUGGUCUUUUCACUCAUCUAAAAUCAUAGACACGAACAGAGGGAAUUCAUGAACAGAUCCCCCGUGUGUGCUCUGUCUCUUUCUUUCGGUCUUAUUUUUUGCUUUAAAUUGCAGCGACCCAGAGCCUCGAUUUGCAUCGGGGCCGUCGGGGUAGGGAGCUGUUUCCAACCUGGGGGCUUUUUGUGAUCUGGAUUGCCUGUUGCCAGUAUUGUUAUUUUUCCCUGGUGGGGGGGUACGGCGCCUCCUUCGCACAAGCAACCUCUUGGGGCAGCAUGAAGAGACGAGUGUCUUGUGUCCCUUUAAAGAGCGACCGAUUUAUUGUCGUGCGACGGCUCCGGCCGUGCCAGAGGGUGUAACGGUUUGAAUGCCACGAGAGGAUAGAGGAAAGCCUGAAUUCAAAUCCCCACACACUCGGGAAGCUCACUUGGUGACUGUGGUCCCUCUCAAGUCUCUCUUAGCCCGAUGUACCUCGCAGGGUUGUCGUGAAAAUAAAAUGGAGGACGGGAGAAACAUGCAUUCUGCUCUAAGCUCCUUGGGGGAAGGGUGGCAUGAGAGAGACGGCCUACUUUUUCAGUUGCAUGAAGUGAAUCCUAUAUCGGCAGGUGCAUAUGGGUACAAGAAAGGAAUGUGGUCAGCAGCAAGGUUGCAAAAGCCAUGAAAUGUAAGAGGUACAGUUUGUGAUGUUUACAUGUGAAUCUGAGUUACGUGAAAAUGAUUUUAAUGCCAGUAGUGGGUGAGAAAUGCAUUGUCUCUGUUUUCAUUAAAACCUGUUGGUGCAUUUCUAA